CACAAGUUUAGUGUGUAAUAGUUUCUCCACACACAUUACACGCUCCUUAUGCAUUCACAAACGUCAAUUAAAAGUGUCUAAAGUUCUCACCUCCUCAACAAACAAAAACUACCCUUUAUUAUAAAUAUAUCACACCCAUAAUUUGAAGUCUCAUAGUGUUCCAAUAUUAUUACACAUAAUUUCAUUUCUUUUCACAUCCCCCAUAUAUUUCAAUUUUGUUGUUUUUCAUAUAUUGGCACAUGAUGAAGAGAGAAAGAGAAGGUGAAAAUAUUAACAUCACAUCCAUGGCUAAAUAUUUGAUGUUACUUUCUCAUGGAAGUGAAUUUGAUCAUGAAAAAAAUUACUCUUCAAAUUUGAACAACCGUGUGUUUGAGUGCAAGACAUGUAAAAGACAAUUUUCGUCGUUUCAAGCAUUGGGAGGACACCGUGCGAGUCACAAGAAACCGAGGUUGAUGGAGAUCACGAGUAGUGAUGAUCAAGUGCUUCAUCAUGAUUCAAUAGUUGCAACAACAACAACAAAAGUUAAAACUCAUGAAUGUUCAAUUUGUGGAUUGGAAUUUGCAAUAGGACAAGCUUUAGGUGGUCACAUGAGAAGACAUAGAAGAAAAGAACAAAGAGCUAAUAAUUCAAAUGAAAAUAUGCACACUUUUAUGACAAAUACUAGUAAUAGUAGUAGUAGUGGUUGCAGCACUAUUGAUAAUACUAAUUCAGAGAAUAUGAAAAAGGGGAACACCAAGAGAUUUUUGUUUUUGGAUUUGAAUUUGACUCCUUUAGAGAAUGAUUUGAAGUUUUUGAAGAUUGGACAAUCAACUCUUAAUUUGGUGGAUUGUUUCAAUUAAACUUUUGGAAUUAAGGUCUAGUUAGUGUACCAUACAUAGUGGAUGAGUACUUUUUGCUACCAUUUUGUAUUUUACUUUAUUGUAUUUAAUUAAAUAAAUUGUUUGGUUCUUGGAUAGUAUAUAAGAAGUUCAUGUUAUUCUUAAUUAAUUAGUAAAAACAUGUAAAGUUGUGUGCAUAUUUAUAAAUCUUCUUCCUUAGUUUUGCCAGAAA